AUGAGAGCCCAAAGCAUCAUCAAAAAUGUCCUGAGGGCCGUGGUCACCACCUCCAGUCUGGGUGUUGCCAAGCCGGUCCUCCCUCGCUGGACUGUUGGACAGUCGGUGUCGACUUCCAGCGGUCCCGUUGCAGGACAUGUUGCUACUGGCGUCGAACAGGCAAUCAAGUUUGCCGGUGCUUCUCCUAUCAAUGGCUCCGACUUCGGACAUCAAUGCAUGCAGCCGGCAAACGCUCCCACCAGUCUGGAAGCUGUCAUGAAGCUCGGUAUUCCCGCUUCGGCCGUUGAAGUGACCAAAGCGCUGGGUGACACGGGCUCUCAGAGCGAAGACUGCUUGACCUUGAAUGUGUGGACCAAGCCACAGGCCGGCGACUCAAAAAAGGCUGUGAUGGUCUGGGUUCACGGAGGUGCUUUCACCACAGCGUACAACGGAAAGUUCAUUGCAGACCAGAAUGACGUGGUUGUCGUGUCCAUGAACUACCGCCUCAACCUCUUCGGAUUUCCAGGCAACCCGGUCACCGCCCCGAAUCUUGGAUUCCUCGACAUUCGCCUGGCCAUGGAAUGGGUCCGCGAUAAUGUGGAGAAAUUUGGCGGCGACGUCAACAGAAUCACAAUCUUUGGGCAAUCUGCCGGGGGCUCCUUGGUCGACUACUACUCUUACGCAUACGCGUCCGACCCCAUCGCCAGCGGUUUCAUCCCCAUGAGUGGCACGGCUACUGGAUUCGGUAUCUUCACCAACCAGACUGUGAACGAGAAGUGGUUCAACGUCACGUCAGCGGUCGGCUGCGGUAACAACUUAACCGACCCCAAGGUGGUCUCUGACUGUAUGCUCAGCAAACCCGCCACGGAUCUCCUCACCGGUCUUUCCUCGAAAGAUGCCGGUAUCGCUUCCGCUGGAGGGCUCUCUUUUGCCCCCGUGGUAGACGAUCGUCUUAUUUUUGCCGACUACAGCAUCCGCGACUCGGCCAAGGCAGGGUAUCUCAUCGGCAACACUGAAAACGAGGCUGGGCUCUUCAAGAUCGGAGCCCCAGACCUUAAUGAGACAUACUGGUUUGGUUUUAACCUUAUCGCUUUCAGCUGUCCCGCCGCCAGAAGAGCCGCGCGGGCCGUCUCCGCGGGCCAUCCGACAUGGCGAUACCGUUAUUUCGGCGACUUCCCUAAUCUUGCUCUUACAACGACGCCGCCCAGUGGAGCAUGGCACGCAUCCGAGCUCCCUGUUCUCUUUGACACCGUGCCCCAGGCGGCAAUUAACAGCACAGCGCAGGAGAAUGCGGUGGGCAAGUACAUGCGUGGUGCGUGGGCAGCCUUCGCAAAGGAUCCAGUGUCUGGUCUUCUCAACUACAACUGCCACGGCACGUGGCCCAACUACCAGGCCGACGGUAACACUUUGAAUCGCAUUUCAUUCCAGAACCAGACGGGUGCCGAUCUGGCUCAAGGCGACUCUUACGACGGCUUCUGUGCGCAAGUAGGAAUUCCCGUUGCUUGA